AUGCGCGGCCGAGGGCAGAUGCUCAAGAAGAAGAUGAGCUCAACGGAGGAGGCAAUGGCAUCCACGCCUCAGGUCGCCAUCACCCGUUCUGGGAGAAAAGUGACACAGAAGCGAUUGGCGCCAAUCGCCAUAGAGACAAGGCCAAUCAAAGGAUCUCCGUCGGAAACGGCGGUCGUCAAACGGCGCAAGCGAGAGGCUGCAAAGUGGCAGACAGACUUUGUUUUGUCGAGCGCAAAAUCACCUCUUGGAAAUUAUGAUAUCCGGGCUCUACUAUGCAACCCUAAGGCGUGGGAGGUGUUGAGCAAGGAGGAGCAAGCGGAGGUGCUGUCUCUCUUCCCCAGUAACCAACACAUUAUCGACCCGGAUAGCGACCAGGCACGGCCUGACAUUGCAUCGUUGAGGAAUGAUGACAACUUCAGACAUGACUGUGCCCGAUACCAGACCGAUCUACAAGGGGGCUUUCAUGACAAAGCAUGGCUGGCAGAAGCUUUCGAGGCCUACGAGAUGCGCAAGAACGGCCAUUUUGAGAAUUACAUCAUCGAUACGUUUGAGAGCGACUGGAAUAUUCGGCUUCCUGAUGAGCACAAGCCGGACUACAUGCGUGUUGCCGCUGGCAGUGAUGUCGAAGCCGAGCAGCCAAACGACAGUCUUUCAGAGAGAACUGACCCAAUCGGGACGGCUGAUGCGAAAGAGAAUGGAGCCAACGGCGAGAUGAAGGAUAUACAAUCCGAUACAGGAAAAAACGGUGCAGUCAAAGUCGAAAAUGGGAUGGAGAGCGAGGUAUAUCAGAAGGAUGAAACUGAAAAGGACGACACGGAAGAAACGUAUGUCCACUCGGAAUUUGUUGUAAUGGCUUUGACACCGGAUAUUGUAGCACGAGAGUCUGGAAGCACAGCGACAGAGGCGGGCAAAGUAUGCUAA